CACACAUGUCAAUGCUACUGUGAGAAACUUCAAAGAAUGUGACAAAGAUAUUAUAAUCAAAAUUAUAUAAAUUAUAUUCCGUUUUUUUUUUGUAAAUAUAUUUUUUCUUUAAAUAUUUGAAAUGGAAAAGAAAAAAGUUAGAAAAUUUAAACCUUUUAAACAAUUUAGAAUUUUGCCUGGCGAUGUAAACACCAGCACAAAUUUAAUGGAUUUAUAUGCAUUUAAUUGUCACCGUUUAAGGGUAUUCAAUAUGAAACCAGUGGUAGACUGUAGACCUAGUAAAAUGAAUCCAUACCAGUUGGUACCCUUUUCAAAAAUGAGAGAUACCUUUUUUGUUGCUUGUCAGAUCGAUAAAGAGAAUAAAGUUAUUAUGAAUAAACUCAAUUAUAUACACAGAAAUGGCGGAGUCGUUGACACAUUUAAUCCUAACGCAUUUAAAAUAAACUCUAUACACUGGAAGUUACAUAUGCAUUAUAUGAAAAGCAUUGUUAAAACAAAUAAACAAAUUUAUGAAUUGAUAAUGAAUGCGCCAGCUAGAAUAAAAACUAAAGAAUUUGAAGAUGCCUACAAGUUACAUGAAAAGAAGCUAAAAGUAAUUUGUAAAUUUGCCAUUUGCGUUGGUAUGAAACCUGAUUAUGAUUUAAUUCUAAGUAGACAGCCUUCGAUCAGCUUUGGAUUAGACAAAGAGAAAGGAAUUGUAAGGCCCCAAUGUUUUUUGGAAUUCAAAGUUCGGGAUGGACCAUAUUUAGGAAAAAUAUUUAUAGAAUUAUACCAAGAUUUCGUACCCGUUACUUGUCAGAAUUUCUUCGAACUUUGUAAGGGAGAGGGAGAACUGACAUACAAAGGUUGCGUUUUACAUAGAAUUGUGAAGGGAAAAUUUAUUGAGUCAGGAGAUGUUACACACAACAACGGCCGUGGUGGAGUAUCUAUAUAUGGAAAAACGUUUCCUGAAGAAAAGCAUAUCCUUAAACACACAAAAGCCGGUGUUGUUUCUAUGAAAAGGAUAAUAUACACAGAAAAUAACUCACAGUUUAUCAUCACGCUAACGGAAAUGGAAAAAUGGGAUAGAAUGCAUGUCGUUUUCGGUAAAGUUGUUAAAGGGAAUAAUGUGUUAUUCAGAAUAGAGGAUUAUGGUCGAAAAAUAGGAAAACCAUAUGCCGAUGUUAUUAUAUGUAAUUGUGGUGUAAGAGAAAUUGAAGGGACUGAAGGCACCGAAGGUACUGAAGUGGGAGAAGAGGAAGAGGCUUAGAUACCUUUUUAGUAAGUCGACUUUUUGCUGGACGAUGUAUUCAGUAAAAAAAGAAUAAUUCAACACCUCGAUAUAUCUUCAUGCAGUACCUCUCGUUGUUAUCUAAUUUAUUUUCCUGUACUAGUUAUUGAAAGGUUCAUAGAGGAACAUCAUAAUGGAUACCUUUUUAAUUUUACAAUGUCUGGCUGAAAGUCGUGUCAAAAUAUGGUAGAGUGUAAAGUAUUUAACUUUUUAAAAUAGGAUAAAUUAAAGUGUUAUUUUUUUUUGUCUGUGUUUUAAUAAAUUCGAAGAAUGUCUUGUCUUGACUCAACUUGGUUUAUUGUAUCUUCCAACAUUUAUAAGUACGUUAAUUUUUUAAUUCUCCCGAAGAACGGUAUAAAAACACAAUGCUAUUGUGUAGACAGAAAUAGAAUAAUACUUCGCUGACUGCCA